AUGGAUUUCUCAAACAUCUUUCGGCUCGUCAACAUCGCGGUGGGUGUGCUCAUGGUCCUGGGUGGAAUUAGUCAAUUCUUCCCUCCCUCCAUGAGCUCCGUCAUUGUCGGUGUAUACGUUAUCAUCUUUGGUCUGGUUGUUGCCGGUCUGGAAUUCCUCCCCAACGUGCCCGACUACGCGUACCGAUACGCUUCCUUCCUCUUCUCGUUCUUGGGCCGCGGUGUCUUCUACAUCUUCGUCGGCUGUCUCCUGCUGCACGACCACGUGCUUCGCUAUAUUGCCGGUUCCAUUGUCGGUAUCAUCGGCGUUGGCUACCUCGUGCUGGAGUUCAUUCCCUCAAUUGAGCCCCCCUCCAACAUGCGCGAAACCGACCAGGGCUGGGGAGCUGAGCAGGUCUAA